GUCCUUGAUUGCGCCUGUGCGAAAUCAAACGUUGCUGACGUGUAGAGGUCGCACGGAUUGAGCUUUUUCUCUGAUUUCAAAGCCGAAUUGUUUGAAGUGAAGGAGCUGAUGCGUGAAGAUGAGUGUUGAAGUGGAAAGGAAAUUUUCAUGCAGUGCCGACACCCUGAAAAAACUGGAGGAGAUCGGGGCAGUUUGCGUUGGCCAACAGCAGAUUCACGACCAGUAUUUCGAUACUCCUGAGUUUCACCUGACUUUGAGGGACAUGUGGCUGCGUAAACGUAAAGGAUGCUGGGAGCUCAAGUGCCCGACAGCGGAAGCACAGAGCGGGAAGCAGGGUGAAGCAGCAGCAUCGCUGUGCACCCGUUACAAGGAGAUAACCAGCCUGCCUGAAAUUCACCUGAGAGUCAAAGAGGUCAUAAAACAGGACAGAGAGUCAGAGGCGGGCUUCUCACAGGAAGAUGAGUCGUGGCUGAGCAAACUGGACCUGGUGUGCUUUGCAGAGUUUACAACAGCACGGCGCUCGUUUACUUUAAAGGAGGAGGGCGUGCAGAUCGAUCUGGACCAGGCUGACUUUGGCUAUCAUGUGGGGGAGAUAGAAGUCCUCAUAUCAGAGGGAGGAGAUGAGCAGGCUGCACUGGAGAAGAUCAGAAAAACGGCGGAAAAGCUGGGGCUUACUGGAGAUCAGCGAGUUAAAGGAAAAAUGGAUGUUUACCUCAAAAGAAAUCACCCUGAGCACUAUGCAAAACUGCUUAGUGAACACAUCCUGUAAGAGAUCAUACUGCAUCUGUACAAAUAUGGGAACAAAAAAGGUCUUAUUUACUAUAAAAGGUAAUAUUCUUUAAUAAAGUAUAGAUUUAUAAACUCAAUAAACUCUAAACUGUAAAACCUA